CACCCCUCACCUGGGGAGUAUAAAAACGAGCUCUCUACCACUCACUCUAUCACACUCAGCCACAAUGAACCCACUCUUCAUCCUCGCCCUUGUGGGAGCUGCUGUUGCCUUCCCCACUAACGACGACGAUGACAAGAUCGUCGGGGGCUACACCUGUGAGGAGAACUCCGUCCCCUACCAGGUGUCCCUGAAUUCCGGCUACCACUUCUGCGGAGGCUCCCUCAUCAGCGAUCAGUGGGUGGUGUCCGCCGCUCACUGCUACAAGUCCCGCAUCCAGGUGAGGCUGGGAGAGCACAACAUCGACGUCGUGGAGGGCAAUGAGCAGUUCAUCAACUCCGCCAAGGUCAUCCGCCACCCUAAGUACAACAGCUGGACCCUGGACAGUGACAUCAUGCUCAUCAAGCUCUCCUCGCCUGCAGCCCUCAACACCCGGGUGUCCACCAUCUCUCUGCCCUCCGCCUGUGCGCCCGCAGGCACCCAGUGCCUCAUCUCCGGCUGGGGCAACACCCUGAGCUCUGGCAGUAACUACCCAGAGCUGCUGCAGUGCCUGGACGCUCCUCUGCUGAGCGAGGCUGAGUGCGAAGCCUCCUACCCCGGGCAGAUCACUGAGACCAUGGUCUGCGCUGGCUUCCUGGAGGGAGGCAAGGAUUCCUGCCAGGGUGACUCUGGUGGCCCCGUGGUCUGCAAUGGAGAGCUCCAGGGUAUUGUCUCCUGGGGCUACGGCUGUGCUCAGAAGGGCAGGCCUGGCGUCUACACCAAGGUCUGCCAGUUUGUGGACUGGAUCCAGGAGACCAUCGCUGCCAACUGAGGUCCCCAUUCUCUCUGUACUUCCUAUGCCAAUAAAGUGACUGCACGUAC